GUACUAUAAUUUGCCUUCGAAAUCUAUAAGCUUUUAAACAGAAAUGGCAUCUACUUUUGCUACAAAGUUUUCCAACAGAAGGUUGAUUAGGAAAAUCACUUCUAAACUGAUGCAAGUCAAACAGAGGGACAGAGAAUCCUUGAAGAAUUACAUGAGCAGGUUCAAUGAUGCAAUCCUCAAAGUCAGCUCAUUCAACCAAGCUGUAGGAAUUGCGGCUGUAAUUCAAGGUCUCCAACACAAGAGAUUCAGAGAUAGCUUAAUUAAGCAUCCUGCUACUACUUUUAAUGAGGUUAAUGGCAGAUCCUUGAAAUUCAAAACUAUUGAGGAAUAUGCCUUAUCACAGAAGCCAGUUCUCCCUAAGAAUCAAAACCCAGAUUGGAGAGAUGAGGUUGUCACAAUGGCAUCCUCCUUCAAUGCUGUUAUCGGACGACCUACAUUAACCACGAUCCGAACUGUGGUCUCUCAGUUUCACCUCUGCAUGGAGUUCCCAACCUCUAUAGGGAUAGCAACACUACGAGACAUGCCAGGGAUUCCAACCUCAGUAUCUCAACACAAGCUCAGCACUAAUCCAUUGAAGAAACCAGUAGUCCAAAAGCGACGCCUCUUUGGGGGGAAGAGGUUUCAGGUUAUAAAGGAAGAAGUAGAGAAACUCUUGCAAGCUGGCUUCGUUAGGAGAGUUGAUUACUAUGAAUGGGUGGCUAACCCGGUGUUGGUCAAGAAGGCAAAUGAUAAAUGGCGAAUAAAUGAGAGAUUACGUCUCUUGGAUGCAUAUUCUGGUUACCACCAAGUGCCGAUGGCUUCGAAAGAUGAAGAGAAAACCUCAUUCUAUAUUGGUAGGAAUCUAGAGGUUUAUGUCGAUGACAUUGUGGUAAAGAGCCUGAGAGCAGAGGAUCAUCUAGCUGACCUCGAUGAAACAUUUAACAACCUCAGAAAGAACAGAAUGCGAUUAAACCCAAUAAAGUGCAUCUUCGGUGUGGAGUCUAGGAAAUUUCUAGGCUUCAUGGUUUCUAGGAAGGGAAUUGAGACGUCAGCAAUCCGAGCUCAAGCACUCGCAGAUUUUGUCGCAGAAUGCACUCCAACUCUUCCAAAUUCUAACGCCGAGUCGAGCGGUUGGAUCUUAUAUGUUGAUGGAGCCUCAAGCAACAAGGGCUCAGGAGUUGGUGCUUUCCUAGUUGGUCCAGAUGGAUAUUGAAGUGAGCAUGUUUUGAAAUUUAACUUUGAUGCAACUAAUAACAUGAUUGAAUAUGAAGCUCUGCUAUUUGGCUUACAACUAGCAUUAGAGUUGAAAGUCAUGGCCAUACAAAUAUACAGUGUUGACUCAA